AUGGGUGAUACACCAAACGACUCCGGCGACCCGCUGACAGAUCACGAGCAAGAAUCUGAUACUACCGCCACCAAUUUGGAUGGCGAUCUGCAGCGACUGCUCGCCACCUUUUUGAGCGGAAAUUCAGAUGGCAAUGGCGGGGUGGUGGAGGGAUUGGUCGAAGAAAAGCCUCUGACCCCGACCGGUCCAAGCCCAAUUAUUAUGAAAACGCGAAAGGAGCCCGCUUUCGAUCGGAGCUUUGGGAAAUCGCAUAUGGACUGUUUGAAAUGCAACGCAACCAUUGCCGUCGGGACGAAUCCGUAUAACACGCUCGUCCACAUCAAUGCCCACGUACAGACGGCUUCGUUUCGAUGCAGUUUUCGUGCCAUGAAAGCUGCAAAAUAUCACGUGAAGGCUUCACACGGCGGCGUCGGAGAGGUUGACGACUUACAGACCCCCGAGCUGAUCCAAGAAAUCGGCAAGGUUGCCAUGGAGUGUUUCCCCGAGCUCGAGCAUCUUUUCAAGAAAUGGGUGACCACGCGGAUGAAGCGCCUCGGCUUUUGGCCCGAAUACCGGAAACUGUGUGGGGUGCGCGACAAUGAGAAGUUGGGAGAUGAUUCGGACGAUCUGCAGCUCGUCCUCGACGCCCCAACCGGUUCAAAACUGGCUCCUCUCACCGUUGACGACGAUGAUGAUGACCAGUUCCCGACCCUGAUGCAAUCUUCGCACACCGGAGGUCCCCCGUGGCUUCACGAAUCUCAGGUCUACGAAGCGCGCAGAAAAGAACGAGAUUCCGGACCGGCCGCCAGGUUGAAUUGCGAGAUGUGCAACAAGCCAUACUCGGUCCUCGGCAACCCGUACAACACCUUCCGCCACAUUGAAUUCACCCACAUGGAUCGGAAGGCGUUCGGCUGCUCGCUAUGCUCAUUUCAAAACCCAGAGAAGCUGCGCAUCGAGUCUCAUUUGCGGCAAGAACACUACGACGCUGGAACUGUGGUUGAUCAGCAGAACCCUGAAUUCUGCGAAGAGCUGACCUCAAUCGCCAAGAGGUGCUUCCCGUCGCUGUCCGACUAUUUUGACACGGCCAAGCAGAAUCGUAUCUCCAAGUAUAUGAAAUCGUUGCGGGCUAACCAACCGAAUAAUACGUCGCUCCAGCACGAUCUCAGCUUCAACCCGAGCGCUCUUUUUGAAAACAGUCACAAAAAUUCGCCGUCGUUUUCGAGGAACAUCAAGACCGAGGGAUACUUUUGUGAGAUGUGCCAUGAUAUCACAGAUUUGGGUGACGACGAUGAAGCCGUCAUCUCGAUGGCUGUCCUUCAUGCCAGUGCUCAUUCGUCGUUUCAAAGGUAUUCUUGCGACACCUGCACCUUCACUGCCACCGACCCCCGGCCGUUCGAAAAACACCUCAGCAGUUUCCACAAGGGGGAAGGAAAAAUGGAGGACCGGAUGAACCCAAAGAUGUUCGCCGAGCAUUGCGACUUGGCGAAGACCUGCUUCCCGGAAUUUAUCUUGCAACUCGACGAUUUCUCUGGAGUCUAUCCAUAUGAGGACCAGCAGUCUGCCGCUCGGGACGUCAAGCGCAGGAAGCUUUCGGAUGCCGACAUGUCCGAAGCCGGCGGAUCUGGGACCAGCAGCUUCGCGUUGAAAUUUCAAGCUAAAAUCGAGCCCACCACCGAGCCGGUGCAAGUCUUGAGCCCCGGUGCGAUGCCUCCAAUGACUGUAUGCAAGAAAUGUAACGUGCAUUUGGACUUGACGAGGAGUAAGGUAGCCGCGCUCUACCGGCACGCCCUGUCGCGUCAUAUUACAGUCUCUACCUACAAGUGUUCCGAAUGCCCCUACAUGGGUACCCACAUGAGCGACAUGGAUCUUCACCUCCAAAAAGCCCACGACGGGGCGGCAAGCGCCAUGCCCGAAAUAACUGAGGAAUUUGUGCGCAUUGCCCAAGAAGAAACUCAUCACUGCUUCCCGCGUUUCGGGAACCUCAUUGCUGAAUGUGCGACGAGGAAGUGGCUCUCUAGAGCACUCGUUGGUGAUGAUGAGGAUGGACGGGUGCACACGGAAACUUGUCGAAUCUGCAGCAACGUCAUCCGCCCUAGCGUCAACCAAAGGGGCAGCAUUACCGAGCAAGCAUUCCUCAAUCACGUCCGCACCCAUCUGGACCGGAAGCAGUUUUGCUGCUCGGUUUGCGGUAUGGAAAUUGCUCUACGCACCAACUGCAGCAAGCACGUCAGUACGCAACACACCGGAAUGGGCGCGCUGAUUGUUGAUAGGAUGGACGCCCAGCUUCUCGCAACAGUCACUCAAACGGCCAAGAAAUGCUUCCCCGGCCACGACGAUAUUUUCGACGCGUACAAACGGCGCACAGAACUCACAAUGAGGUCGUCUAGCGCAUCCCAAAGAAAUCAAGACACGGGCCCGGAAAACCCAAACCUGAUCCGCUCCAAGUUGCCCGAUCAGAUUGUGUUGCUUGGAGGCCGAAAGCGAAGGACCGAAUCCAACGAGGAAUUGUUCUCUACGCCGAUCCGCGGUUCUCCGAGUGUACCAACCCCGAUGGACCCGCACCCGAAUCAACUGCUUUUGGAUAAAAUUAAGCAACAGAUUGAAGCCAAUCAACAAUCCAGUUCAAUGGAUGAGACGGAAAGGGUUCGCAUCCGCCUUCGAAAUCAGGAGCUCGAGAUUCGUGGAUUACAGCAGCAGCUGCAAGAAGUGAGAACGGCAAGCAUCGCUCAGCCCAACAACCUUGCCAAGGAGCUGAAAGAGGCCAAAGCCGAGAUCGAGCGGCUGAAGAACCAGAAAGCUAACCUCUACGCAAUGAUUGGCAAAAAUCACGAGGAGAUUGAGACGGCUCGCGUUGAGAAUGAGAAACUGCGGAAGAUGCUCUCGGAGCUGGGAGGCGAGGUU